CAGCCGGCGGGGCAGAGCCGCGGCCGCGGCCUCGGCGAGCGCGAGCAGCAGCGCCCCGCGACCCACCCCGCCAGCCUGGAGCCCGGCCCACCGACGGCCGCUCGCGCUCCAGCCCCACUCGCUUACGCCGCCGCGGGCCUGCAGCCCCCAGCCCGACCGCGCUCCCCGCAGCUUCCAGGCGAGGAAGCCGAGCCCCCGCGCUGCGCCCAGGCCCCGCUGCUCCAGCAUGUCCUCGACAGAGAGCUCGGGCCGCACCGCGGACAAGUCGCCGCGCGAGCAGGUAGACCGGCCGCUCGUGGGGCUGCGCUGGCAUCGGCUGGAGGAGCCGCUGGGCUUCAUCAAAGUUCUCCAGUGGCUCUUUGCUAUUUUCGCCUUCGGGUCCUGCGGCUCCUACAGCGGGGAGACAGGAGCAACGGUUCGCUGCAACAACGAAGCCAAGGACGUGAGCUCCAUCCUUGUUUCAUUUGGCUAUCCCUUCAGGUUGAACCGGGUCCAGUAUGAGAUGCCCCUCUGCGAUGAUGACUCCACCUCCAAGACCCUACACCUCAUGGGGGACUUCUCUGCCCCUGCCGAGUUCUUUGUGACUCUAGGCAUCUUUUCCUUCUUCUACACCAUGGCUGCACUUGUCCUCUACCUGCGCUUCCACAAGCUCUACACUGAGAACAAGCGCUUCCCUCUAGUGGACUUCUGCGUGACUGUCUCCUUCACCUUCUUCUGGCUGGUAGCUGCAGCUGCUUGGGGCAAGGGCCUGACGGACAUCAAGGGGGCCACCCGGCCAUCCAGCCUGACUGCAGCUAUGUCUGUGUGCCAUGGAGAGGAAGCUGUGUGCAGUGCCGGGGCCACGCCUUCCAUGGGCCUGGUCAACAUCUCUGUGCUCUUUGGCUUUAUCAACUUCUUCCUGUGGGCCGGGAACUGUUGGUUUGUGUUCAAGGAGACCCCGUGGCAUGGGCAGAGCCAGGACCAGGGCCAGGGCCCCAGCCAGGAGAGCGCCACUGAGCAGGGAGCCGUUGAGAAGCAGUAAGCAGCCCCCACCUGGCUACUCCGGAACUGGACAGCACCUCUUCAACCAUCUCCGGCUUCCAGGACCUUCCUUUUCCUCCUCCCUCAACUCCCCUCCCCCAUCAUUCUGGGCUUUGAGCUUUGAGAAGAUGGAUGGGCAGGCAUGAGCCUCUGAAACCUGGGCAGCCCUUCCAGUGGCUUUCUGUCCCUCAUUUUGCUAGAACCCCAGAUGGCAGGAGCUCAGUGCUUCUUGUCUACUGCCUGGACCCAGGCAUCUUACUUGGGGUCUUACUCAUACCCUCAUAGCCUCUGAGAACCAGCCUCUGCUGCAGGUGAGGGUUGGGGGCAGGAGACCAGAGCCCUGAGACUGGUUCCUGGCAUCCUCCUUUAUCUCAACCUGUCCAGCUUCAAUAAAAGGGAGGAGGGGAAAUUGGCUGGCAGCCUUCUCCUUGGUCCCUUGCAUGAAGGGCCCAGCAGUGGUUUGGUGACCCCUCUCAAUGGUUGUCAUCCAGGUCUGUGUCUGCAUUGAUCUCCGGGCAGCUCGGAGCUCGGUGUGCUUCCCACUCUCCUCUCUGGCCUCUGCUUGCCCACAGAGUCCAUCAUAUAUGAACCAGGGAGGCUGACUGGCCUAGAAAACAGCCUUUUAGAGGGUC